AUUAUUUCUUUACAGGAAUUGAGUGUAUAGUAUUUCAUUGGUCAUGUCAAGCAAAUCCUCAUACUUAUUACCACGUGAUGUUUUACCUUAUCAUUAUGACUUGAAUAUCCUAAUCAACUUUGAAGAGCUUUCGUUCUCGGGAGAGGUCAGCAUUAAAAUCAAGAUAAAAUCACCGACACGAGUGAUCAAAUUACAUGCAGUUGGGCUCUCGAUCCCCUCUGCCUCAGUCACGUACGAUGAGACUAAGGAGGUGGUGAACUCCGUGUCUGUGGACUGCGACGAUGCAAGUCAAACCAUGAGUAUAAAUUUUGUCGAGGAGCUUGUGGUGGGCGAUGGCACACUCUCGCUGCAGGCGUACACCGCACCUCUGGAUACGCAGAUGCAUGGCCUCUAUAGGUCCAAGUAUCUAGGGGAGGAUGGCAAUGUCCGUUGGAUGGCGGUAACGCAAUUUGAGGCCGUGAGUGCCAGGAGAUGCUUCCCUUGUUGGGAUGAACCAGAACUCAAAGCUACCUUCUCACUCACCCUGACUGUUCCUAAGGGAAAAACUGCUCUCUCGAACAUGCCGGAAGAUAAUCGAAAAGAUUCUCAGGAGAACUCUUCGUUGGAUGUGAUAACUUUCCAAAAAAGUCCCAUCAUGUCCACGUACCUCGUUGCUAUAGUUGUGGGUGAGUACGAAGUGCUUGAAAAUGUCUUGGAUUGUGGCGUCAAAGUCCGUGUGUUCACUCCCCUGGGCAAGAAGGCGCAAGGGGAGUUUGCUCUGGACGUUGCUAGUCGAGUGUUACCUUACUACACGGAUUAUUUCAAGGUCCCUUAUCCGCUACCUAAGUUGGACUUGAUAACCGUACCUGACUUUAGCGCUGGUGCAAUGGAAAACUGGGGCCUUAUCACUUGCAGGGAAUCGCUCAUGCUGUGUGACCCCAUCAACAGCAGCUCUCUAAAUAAACAGCGGGUGGUAAUUUAUAUCGCCCACGAGGUUGCUCAUCAGUGGUUUGGUAACCUUGUUACCAUGCAAUGGUGGACUCAUCUUUGGCUCAACGAGGGAUAUGCUAAUUUCAGCCAAACGCUGUGCGCCGACCAUCUCUUUCCCGAGUACGACAUCUGGACUCAGUUCCUCUCCCAGGCUUUCAUUCCCGCACUUGAGCUUGAUAGCCUGGACAGCACUCAUCCUGUUGAAGUGGAUGUCCAGUCGGCGGACUCUGUGGACGAAAUUUUUGAUGAAAUUUCUUAUGACAAAGGAGCUUCAGUUAUUCGCAUGUUACAUCGCUACCUCGGCAACGAAAAUUUCCAAAUAGGCAUGAAUCUUUAUUUGACGCGGCAUCAAUAUUCCAACACAUGCACGGAGGACCUUUGGAAGGCUCUUGCUGACGCAUCUGGAAAGCCAGUGGAAAAAGUCAUGUCUCCAUGGACUCGGCAAUCAGGCUUCCCGAUGGUGAGUGUGGAGGCUCAAACCGAGGCUGAUUCCAUAACACUCCAUGUGAGUCAGACGCGCUUCUUCCUCAAUGGAUCGAAAGAUUCUUCGAAUGCUCUGUGGGCUGUUCCUAUUGAUGUGGCCUGUAGCAUGGACGACAAAAUACGAUGCAUACUGCUUGAUAAAAGCUCUGCCACGUUAGAACUCCCGGCCAUGUCGCCAAAUGACUGGAUCAAAAUCAACGCUGGUGCCUGCGGCUUCUAUCGGACCAAGUACAGUUCAGACCUCUUGAAGAGGCUUGUACCACAGUUGAGCAACCAAACUCUACCGACUUUGGACAGAAUAAAUAUUCUAGAUGAUCUCCUAGCAAUGGUACAAGCAGGACAUACCUCAACUGUGGAACUGUUGGAGGUUCUCAAAGCAUAUAAGGGCGAAGAAGACUAUUCAGUCUUCAUGAGUAUCAAAAACUGCACCUCGACGCUCAGCAGUGUCCUGUCACACCGCAAGGAACUUAAAAGUCUCAUGGCACCAUUCAUACGAGAUCUCUUUGCCAAUAUCCAUCAGAAACUAGGUUGGGAACCGAACGAAAGCGAAAGUUAUUUGGAUAAACUGCUCCGGCCUAUGGUGUUAUCAACUCUAGGUGAGAACGGCGAGCAGUCCGUAAUCCAAAAGUGUCAAAGUUUACUUGUAGAUCAUGUGAGUGGCUCGAAAAUGUUGCCAGCUGAUCUGCGUGCAUGUGUUUACAAGACUUGCAUGAUUCACGGAGAUGCGUCGACACUCAACACGCUCAUGAAGCUUCACCGCGACGCUGACAGCCAAGAAGAACGUGAUCGCUUGUCACGGUGCAUGGGCGCCACAAGCCAGCUUGAUCUGCUCACGUCAGUGUUAGAGUUUACCUUGGAAGAAAUCCGUCCGCAAGACAUACCAUUUGUGCUCUACUCUGCUGCAGGAUAUUCUGCAGAGGGCAGUGCUUUCGUAUGGGAGUAUUUCAAGACAAAUUAUCAUUCGAAGUUUGUACCUCUUUACGCUGACAGCGAUCUCAUGAUCCGACUCAUCAAGUUCGUUUCUGGAAACUUUGCCAGCGACGAUAAAGCCGAAGAUAUUCGGUCGUUUUUCGCGGCUCUACAGUUUCCUCCUGGUUGGCGAGGAGCGCAACAGAACAUCGAGAACAUCAGGUUGAAUGCUGCUUGGCUUGAGCGCGAUGCCGAUGCGGUAAGUCAGUAUCUGAAACAGUGGCAGUAAAACCUGCCAUCAUGCCUGAUAAGACGUCUGCGUGAAAAGAAAUGCUGGAUAUACUUCAAAAUAAAAGUGUGAUCACGGUGCUGAUGAUCUCCAUUUAAUUAGUGUUUUAAGACUUAAAAAUUUCAGGUGCACUGUAUAUAUAUAUAUACACGGAGUUUCACUGUCAUUCUCAGAGCACUGGAAUAAUUUGCAUUGUCAAAGACCAAUCUUGUUAUAUAACAAUGAGUUUUAAACGAAAAUACCAAGAAUGAAUUGUACGGGAGAAUAGAUCUUGAAUAAAUAUGUAUUGAGCUCUUUAGCAGGCGGACAUUGAAAUACGAAUUUCAGAGGCUAGUACAAGAAAGUAUUACCUAUUCAAAAAUAUAGUUACUCUAGGCCACGUUUAAUAUUUUGAAAAAUGAUGGAAGAAAUAGUAGUUCGAGAAUAUAUUAAAUGUCGCCAAUACGUUCGAAAUGUUUAAUAUUGUGGAAAAUGAAACGUGCAUAUGUUAUGGGAGACUGUAAAACUUCAAUAAUUAAAAUCAAUAUCAAGUUGAUAUUAUCUGAUUAGAUAUUGCUACUUGUGCUUUAAAAAGGACGAAAAGAGCGUUGAUUUUUAUGACCUGACUCGCAAAUUUUUGCUAAGUGUUGUAUUUAAAUUUCUUAGGGAGAUUGAUGAUGGGAACCGAGUUACUACUCUAUACAUUUAACCCCUUUUUGAACAGAAGUUGUAAGUUACUCGGUCCAUUCGUCUUCAAGACGUUGAUAGCUGCUAAGAAAAUAUGAGAAUGACGUGGUGACCAAAAUGUAUUGCAUUGCUGAGAUCGCUACCUAUUGAGAAGUCAUGACGAUCAUGUCUAUCAUCAUUAUCUAAAGUUGAUUAGAUCUAGCGGUACACAAAAUGGUAAUUUUUUUUAUUGUAACAGCGCGAGUUGUGAAAGUUGCAAAUAGCUCUAUAUUGUGUUACAUACCAUUUCAAACUCGAUGUCAAAAUUAGCUGGGAAAAUUAUAGCGAAGGAAUCGAGAAUUUCUGGAGAUGGAUUUAGGAUCAAAAUUUCGAUUCAUUAAUGCCUCGGUGUUUGUAAGGAACAUUCCGUUUGCCAUACGACAGACAAGGCCAAGGAUUGUAAUAAAAGUUAACCAGCUGCACGUCAGUACUAAAAAUAA